GUUACCUUUUGAAGUACUAUGCCUCGGGAAAAUAGGAAAAGAGGCAAGAAACAUAAAAAACCUGCCCAGGACGCAGAAUUUGGCGAGCAAGAGCACACUGAACGCAAAUUCGAACCAGAACCUGAGGCCGGACCUUCAUGGAUUGUUGCAAAUCCCCAACAGGACCAGGUCGACUCGGAGGCACCCUUUGGCUAUCUUGACGCCGACGUCAAGGCAUAUUUCCGCACAGUAGACGUGCAAAUACGACAGUGGCAGGAUGGGCAGGUAGAGGUAGAUGAAGAUGAAAAACACACUUUCUUUCUUGCUGCCCUUACCGAGAUGACUGGGAAGGAAAAACAGCUUGCAACCGACCCAGACUGCUCUGUGAUAUUAGAGCGAAUGUUACAUUCGAUGGACGACUUUUCCAGAAGAGUGUUCACCGAUAGCUUAGCUGGCUCGUAUGAAAUACUUGCUCGCCAUCGGUUCGCAUCGCAUGUCUGUCAGACACUUCUCGAAGUGGCUGAAGAAACAGUUUCAAGAGAGACCAAAGGCAUCCUACCCGAAAUACCACAAACUAGCUCAAAAACAGGACAUCUUCCCAAAAUAACCGAACUUGUACUGGACACCUGCGACGAACUUCUUCCGGUUCUGCCGCAGCUUCUUCACGACUCUUUUGGCUCACAUAUUGUCCGCGCCCUCGCCCUUCUGCUUUCCCCUGCAUCAAACAUCCACUCUCAGACAUCCAAACGCAGCAAAAGCUGGAAAGGCAAGCAGGGCGAGAUGCGCAGCCUGUUUUCAUCAGAAAAGUCGAAGGAAGACAUGGCUAGACCAUCGAGCUUCAAAAAGGCAGCGAAAAAAAUCGUUCGAGCUUUCAGAGAUGGAAUGAGCGAUAAUGAGGUGCGCGCAUGCGCAGGGAGUAAAGUUGCAUGUCCCGGUCUUGAUGUUCUCAUCGAAGUUGAAGCCAAGCAUGGCCUGUCAAACGAACGUAGCAGCCUGAUGGACCGCGUAUUGGUCGGUAUGGUCGGUCAGACAUCGGAUUCUUCAACCCCACUGCUUACCACCGAGUCAGACUACAUUCACACUCUACUUCGUGACGCAACUUCAUCCCAUUUACUCGAAACCGUCGUCACACAAGCUCCACAGCCAGUGUUUGACAUUCUCUGGAAUACAUAUCUGUGCCCGAACAAUGGCAUCGAACGGCUCGCGACACAUGCGGUCUCCAAUUACGUACUUGCUCGAGCCGUUAGUAGGGCAAAUACGGAGCAGCUUGGUGUUUUGGGGACGAAGUGGUGGGGAAGAGCUGUGGAGAUGGGCAGACUAGGUGUCGUGAAAGCCAUUGUAGAGCGGACGGCGGAAGUCGGUGAAGGCGGAGAAGAUAUCUGGCAAGCACUGCAGAAUGCAUUUGGAUUCGAGGACCAGCGGGAUCCUGAAAGCUUGAUCAAGUCUGUGAUAAGUCUGAAGACUUUUGAGGAUUACAAGUCAGCAAACACACCUCCAGAGCCAAACGUCCAAGGGGCAUUGUUAUUGCAGUCCGUGUUGCGUCUCAAGGACCCACACAACGCCACCAUCAUAGAGAGCAUCCUAUCUCUUCCAGUAGCAUUCGUUAUAACACUUGCUCAGCAUCCUGUCUCCUCGCGAGUCCUUGACGCGUUCCUUGACUCUCCCACAGUUCCUCACAAAGCGAAGCGGCAGUUUGUCCUGAUAUUCUUGGGACAUUUCCAUGAACUGGUGGACAACAGAAUCGGCAGCCGAGUAGGAGAGAGGUGUUGGUCAUGGGCCGAUACAUACAUGAAGGAAAAGAUUGCGCGGAGCGUAAUGGAACAUGAGAAGAGUCUUGCUGCAUCGUACUACGGCAAGUUUUUCGUUAAAGCGCUGAAUCUGUAUACGUUGAAGAGAAGGCCAGAAGAAUGGCGAGAUAUGAUUGGUAAGGCGAAGACGAAGGAGGUGAUUCAACCUGAGGUUAAGGAAGAGAAGGAGGCCGAGAGGCCGAAACGAAAACGCAAGCACGAGCAGGACAAAGAGGUAGAUGAGAUCGAGAUGGUGUUCAAGAAGGCGCGGAAGAAGGGGGCUUUGGAGAGGCCUGUUGAGGGAGAGGCCGUACCGAAGCAUGAAAAGCACACAGGGGUGCUAGAUGCUCGGGUCAUGGAGGCCAUUCGGUCAGCCCCUGGAGAGGGCAAGAAGAAGCGGAAGUGAUGGCGUCAGCAUCAAAAGCCAUAGGUACUUCUGGUCUAUCUCCAGCCAUGAAACGCAUCACAUCGAUGUCGUUCAGGCAUUUGGCUCGUCUUGUGCCAAUUAAUGCACGCUUUGCUGCUUUUCCUGCUUCGAUACUAGAUGCAUGAAUGCUGUGUGAGUAAGCUAUCCGACGUUAGGCCCUUUUUGUCUCAUGGGCGGUACGGCAGUGCCUUCCGUUCCAUCGAUGCAAUGAUCAUCUAUACAGAAGUCAACCAUUGUAGAUCCUGCUGUUCGACGUUUGGGCAUUCAGAAGGAAGUCUUUGUAAUUUCUUGCAUCGCCCAUUAGUAGAAGUCACGGUGGACGCCAUCUAUUUUUCUGGUACCAAAGAUUGUAGCGGACACUGGCAGUGCAUUCAGACUAACAUGUGUGC